CGCGCGCAGCCGGGCUCGGGACGCGCAGACAGCCGCGCACUCGCCGCAGGACCGCAGCCGCGCACCACGCGACACGAGAGCGAGCAGAAUGAGGGGUCGUCUGUUAUUGUUGGCCCUACUGGUCGCGGUCAUAUGCACCGCUGACGCACAGCAGAAGCACCGGCGCCGGCACCGGCGGCCGCGCACCACCACGACGGAGGCGCCGGGCGCGCCCGAGCGCGAGGACGCCGAGGCCGAGCACUUGGAGCUGGGCAUGGCCGAGCGCCUCGACGAGCGCCGCUUCCAGGAUGCGGAAAAGGCACGCGUCAACGAAAUCAUGAAUGAGGGUGAAGGUCUCUCUGAAAACGAAGUAUUCCCGGAUGACCCGUGCCUGAAGGUGCACUGCAGCGCGGGCCGCGUGUGCGAGAUCGACGAGCACGGCGACGCCGUCUGCAACUGCAUCAAGGAGUGCCCCUACGAGACCGACUCGCGCCGCAAGGUGUGCACGAACCACAACGAGACGUGGUCGUCGGACUGCGAGGUGUACCGCCAGCGCUGCCUGUGCCUGGACGGCUCCGAGCUGUGCCGCGCGGCGCAGUACCACCACGUGCAGAUCGAAUACUACGGCGUGUGCCGCGAGAUGCCCACGUGCACGGAGAGCGAGAUGCUGGACUUCCCGCGGCGCAUGCGCGACUGGCUGUUCAACAUCAUGCGCGACAUGGCGGAGCGCAGCGAGCUCACGCCGCACUACCUGCGCAUGGAGCGCGAGGCCGAGAGCAACCUCACGCGCCGCUGGACCAACGCCGCCGUCUGGAAGUGGUGCGACCUCGACGCGCACGACAACGACAGGUGGGCGUACCAUACCAUCAAGUUUAUGUUUGUUCGACUGGCUGGUCAACAUCAUGCGGACAUGGCGGAGCGCAGCGAGCUCACGCCGCACUACCUGCGCAUGGAGCGCGAGGCCGAGAGCAACCUCACGCGCCGCUGGACCAACGCCGCCGUCUGGAAGUGGUGCGACCUCGACGCGCACGACAACGACAGGUGGGCGUACCAUACCAUCAAGUUUAUAUUUGUUCGACUGGCUGGUCAACAUCAUGCGGACAUGGCGGAGCGCAGCGAGCUCACGCCGCACUACCUGCGCAUGGAGCGCGAGGCCGAGAGCAACCUCACGCGCCGCUGGACCAACGCCGCCGUCUGGAAGUGGUGCGACCUCGACGCGCACGACAACGACAGGUGGGCGUACCAUACCAUCAAGUUUAUAUUUGUUCGACUGGCUGGUCAACAUCAUGCGGACAUGGCGGAGCGCAGCGAGCUCACGCCGCACUACCUGCGCAUGGAGCGCGAGGCCGAGAGCAACCUCACGCGCCGCUGGACCAACGCCGCCGUCUGGAAGUGGUGCGACCUCGACGCGCACGACAACGACAGGUUCGUGUCGCGACACGAGCUGUUUCCGAUCCGCGCGCCGCUGAUGGCGCUGGAGCAUUGCAUCGCGCCCUUCCUGGACAGCUGCGACGCCGACGACGACCACCGCAUCACGCUCGCCGAGUGGGGCAAGUGCCUGCAGCUCGACGAGUACGAGCUGGAGGACCGCUGCGACGAGUUCACCGAGGACUCUGCAUAGCUCCGCCGACGUUAUCCACCUGAGGCGAUAACUUAAAUAAGUGCCCACUGCCACUUUUAUAAAUUAAUACUUACCUUAGUUGUAUGCUGUGAGCUGUUUAAAAUAAAAAAGAUUAUACUACAUACUCAUUACGAAUGAACGUAGCAUUAUUUAAUUCUUCUGUAACAUUGAAUGUAAUAAAUCGAUAAACUUGUACAUAGCACCACUGUGAUGACGCUACCAAAUAUUGAACCUGUAGUGUAGUGAUGACUAUUUGUGAGUUUCAAUAAAAUAUUUUUAUCUAAGUAA